AUGCAGGCGUGUCUGAUCUGCUCAAGACGAACUUUCUGUCAAGUCCAUCCACUUGUGCUGAGCUGGUUCAUCAAAUCCGUCAGGCUGGCGAUCUUGGUACUUUCCCAAGUCUUUCCUUGGAAAAACAAAAGGAAGCAACAUUUCUUCUCCUUCAAAAAGGAGGUGGGGGCAGACGUGGAGGAUCAGGCAAGUGGAGCUGCUGAGAGUGUGGCUGAUCAGACGGACGCUGAAGUGGCUGCAGAUCAGGGAUCUCCUGCUGGCGUCUCGGAGUAG